AGUAAGGACGCGUUCGUGCUCACGCGAAGACGCGAAAGACGCGAAAGACGCGAACACGCGAACACGCGGACCGACGCGACGCCGCGGCCCGUCCACGUCGAUGUCGAUUACCGACCCUUCUUUGAGGCUCGCACCCUCGUAAAUGCACCCUGUCCGGCGACUCGACUUCGCUGUCCACCUGCUAGCCAGGUGAGAGCGACAACGGAUCUCGGCGUCCUUCGCAUCCUGGUGGUCUGCAUGAAGGACUCGAGCUUCGGGGCCUCGAAAGGAUGAGGCGGAUCGACAACGGCCAUGCUCAACGACCGCCUCCGUUCAGGGUGCUCGGGAUGGGUGCUCCCGAUGGGAACUACCUGUCAGCCCCAACGAUACCGCCGCCACCGCGUGCACCCGAGCCCUACAAGAUCGCGUCGUCCUCGACGUCGUCAUCUAGAGCGCACAGGCGAUCCAGCUUCGUGAUCAUCGCUGACUCGAGACCGGCUUCCCCGCAGACGAGGAGCCCGUCGCCGACUCUGGCUACCGGUCGGGUCUCGCCCUUCCGUGGACGGGGGUUCAAGGGACCGCCACCACGAUCGAGGUCGAGGCCUCAAUCGCCGGAUCACGCGGACGCUCGGAGAAGGGGUCGCAACGAACGGCGAGUUUCAGUGUCCCAGCAGAGCAGUCCAAGAAGGAGCCUGAUACCGCAGCCAACACGCCAGCGUUCGACGUCCCUCAGCAAGUCGACCGAGUAUCUAGCCUCGCCGAAGGGUGUCCGUCGCGCGAACUCGCGGUCCCGCUCGAACAUCGUCGACUCGAGAAACCGCUUGAACGCGCCUGGGAACAAUAACAACAGCAGCAGCAGCAGCAACAGCACCACGAACCUCUCCGCUCGUCGCCAGACGUUGAAAACACCCAGCAAACUGUCGCCUAUCCAGGGCACACCGACGAAACCGGAGAGAACGCCGCAGUUCGGUCGAAGGGAUCGCUCCAAGGAAGUCGCAAGAUCGUCGCCGUUGAAGUCCCAGAGAACGUCGCCGGCGAAGAACGCUUGGAAUUCGAAGAAACCGAAUCAAGAGAAAGCUUCCGUCUCCAACAAAGUUUCGAGCAGAGAACGCGUAACGUCGCCGUCGAAGAUCCCUCUGAAGGCGAACCGAGUCAGCACGAAUUCACUGAACCCUGCCAGAUUCAUUAACAUUUCGAAUCAACCGAACGACAAGGGCAAACGAGCCGGAGACAGAGCGAGUAGCAAGGAGGUUCGAAACGGCAACGACCAUGGGAACCAAGGGAACCAAGGCCAAAGCGUUACACCGAAUUCGGAGGGCUCGAAGGAGUCCGGCACGAGCAACAAGAACAACUCGUCCGGCAGCGAUCGAACCCGCGAUUUCCAGCUGAUAGACCUGCUGAAGCAAUCUUCCGGUGCUACCGGCACGUCCAGCGUGGUGAACACCACCGCGACGACGGCCGUCCAGCCGCUGCACAUAGACGCUAACGCGAUCCUGCUGGAGAAAGAUGCUCCGGAGAAGAGAAACCCGUCGGACCCGCCUCACAGCAAAUCUUCCAAUUCGUCGACCGACGAUUCCGUCGUCAGACAAGCGAUAAGCAACGCCGGCGAGGAUCAACGCUCGACGAACACCCAGACCUCCAGGUCCAGCAAGCCGGCGGGCAACAGUUACGGCCGAACGAAAGGUGGAGCGGAGAGCAGAAACGAGUCGCCGGUGCCUCCGGAAUCCGUCGGCGGCCACUCGAAGACCAACAGCGUCGGUCAAUCGGCGAAGAACCUGGCUAAAGCGAACGGAGCGACGACCGGCAACGGUUCCGCCACGCAACGACCCGGCAAGAACCAAAGCGCCGCGAACGAGCAAACCGCGAGGAAUUCGAAGCUCGGCGACCAGAGGAUCGAGGUGUCGGCCGCGUUGCAAUCGUCGACGGCAACGAACACGAGCAAGCUGUCCGAACCGGUAGAGAAUUCGUCGAGCAACGAACUGCCGAGACAGGGGGCUGCUGCAGCCGCGAACACUAUGGCGGCGCAAGAGGAGGCGAGAGACGUUCCGAGGCUGGCGAACGAACAAGCAACGAGGGUCGUUGGAAAUGCGAAUUCUGUGAACGUGGUUCGCGAUCAAUCGACCGGCUCGAAGGCGAAUAACGUGUCUGCUAUGAUCGGUGCAGUGAACGGGUCGAGAAGUGUGAACAGCGCCGGGGUGAAACCGCGAACGAGCGUUCACGGGAGCGGUACCUCCCAAAAGUCGUCCGCCGGUGUGUCGGUCGAGUCGAUCGACAGCGUGCGAACCACGGAUACCGGGGUGAGCGUGGAUACCGUGAGGGGUGUGUCCUCGCCGCGGGAGAAAACCGGCAUGCACGUGGUGAAGCGGCCCCAGGAGAUCGAGACUCUGAGCGGAAACGUGGUGCAUUUGGAGCAGAACGGCGAGCCAGCGGUGUUGGUAGCGGCGAACGGCGUCAGCGAACGGCCGGCCGAGAGAUUUUUCACGCGUUGGAAAAGAUCGUUGGGUCGGUGUUGCCAGUGUUGUCCCAGCAUGAGGUGUCUCGCUUGUCGGACCAACCCCAAAGGGCUCGCUUGGCCCAGGAACAACGCGAGGGCUGCCACGGUGACGGCAACGAACGAGGUUGGACAGCAGGCUGCCGCCGCGAGGGACAGCGGCUCCGUUGGCUGCUGGCCUAAAUUCAAGAAUAGAUGCAGGUGCACAAGACUCAGGGAAAUCAAAUGUUGCUCAAAAAGAUCAAGGAUCGCGCCCGCCGAGGCAGCUGUAUGUUGCCCUCCGGAAAGAAGAUUCGGCGCGAUUUGUCGCCGUUUGUUCGACAAUUGCAAAUGUUCCAAGCAAAAGGCCGAAGCAGAACGCACAAGAAGCAUACGUGCCAAGCACAGUCUUACCAGCGUCGCACCACCCCCGCUAUCAGAGGAACCGAAGGCUAAGAUACCGGACGUUCUGGUGGAGCAUAAUUCCUUAAUGCGUGGCGCCAUUCCGUGUUUACCAGUUCCUCUCGCUUGGUUUUGUUUAGUUUGGAACGUUUUACUGCCCGGAUCUGGCACCGUCUGGAGCGGCAUCUUCAAUCUGUGCUCGGGUCAGCCGAGAUUCUCAGCAGUCGCUGGACUGAAAUCGAGACUAGGCGCAUUUGUGGUGAAUCUGGUGGUCGGGGUGGGCCAAUUAUUCACCGUUUUGUUUUGCCUGGUCGGAUGGGGUUGGAGUAUUUGGUGGGGCGUCACUUUGGUUCGCCUAGCUAGAAAAUACAAACGAUUCAAGGCUUCCGAAGCGGCCAGUAACGACCCGGAAGCCAGAGCCGGAGAAGCCGCGGCACUGCCUCCCGGCGUGCCCAGUCAAAUUUUGAGGGGAGUGGAACGAGCUCGAUAAUCGAAACAGUUUAACACGCAUCAUCGUAGGCUCCCUGGGAAAGCAUUUUUAUAUCAUUCGACGACGAUUCUUCACUACGUGCCUUCCGAGACGCCGCGAACACACACGGAUCACAAUUUUCGCCCGUAGAUCUGUAAUUUUGAAGAUCUCACGAGAAGACGUCCCCCUCUUAUCGAUCGCGAACACCUCGCCGCGGGACUCGCGGGAAGAUCGACGACUCGUUUAGUUAACAUUUUUAAGAAAAUCAGCCGACGAAUACACGGCGAAGAUAGUCGGAACGACAAUUUCCAAACAGGAUGAAACGAUUCUUGCGAUUUAUCGCGAUCCAGCGACCGCGUGGAUUCCAUUCGAGGAAGCUCAAGAGGUUUCGUGGAUCGAAAACAAGUUUGCUCUGUAGAGAUGAAGGGAAACAAAUAGUGUAACAACAACGGCAACGAGAGAUGCGGUCUGGCGAAGUUCGACGAAAAGGAAUGAUCCGCGUAAUCAAGUUUUGGCGCGGGAGUGAAAGAUUUUCGCGAGUCGACACGAAUAAACGUGAAUUGCUCGUUGAAGAAAUAUUAUUAUAUUUGAAUCGAUGCUGCUGCGGCGCUCGCUGUACCGUGGAACGCGAAGAAGUUCUUGGAAAAUUAAUCGCUUUCAGUGAAAGCAUACCUAUCCGUGGCGUUCUUUCAAAAUGUACUCGUUACGUCGAUCGAUGUCUGCCUUUUUAACUACGUUUCAACCCUUUCGCGCGCUCGCCGCGCCGUUUUAGCCGGUUCGGCCGGUUUUCUCGAGUGAUCGACAGUACGCAAAUGUUUACGGAAGAAAUUGUGCGUAUGUGCGUGCGUGCGUGUGUGUGUGUCUCUUGUUCCAGUUCUUUUCCCCCGAAGAUUUCUUUCCACGUCGACGAAAUGAAUACGUUUUGAAGGAACGCAGUUUAUAUUUUUACAAGCGCAACACACAUAUUAUAUGUAUACAUACAUCCAUAUAUUCAACUAUCCGAUUACUAAGCCUUAUGACUAAAAGUCCUUGUAAAUAUGAAAAUAUAUUACUUACAUCGGUUUUUAAUCUAA